CCCCGCAGGAGUACGUCCUGGCUCACACCGAGAUGCCCACCACGCUGGAGGGCGCCGAGGCAGCCAUCAAGAAGCAAGAGGACUUCAUGACCACCAUGGAUGCCAACGAGGACAAGAUCAACGGCGUGGUGGAGGCCGGCAGGCGGCUGGCCAACGACGGGAACAUCAACGCCGAGCGUAUCCAGGAGAGAGUCGCCUCCAUCGACGACAGGCACAAGAAGAACAGGGAGGCGGCGGUGGAGCUGCUGAUGAGGCUGAAGGACAACAGAGACCUGCAGAAGUUCCUGCAGGACUGUCAGGAGCUGUCUCUGUGGAUCAACGAGAAGAUGCUGACGGCUCAGGACAUGACCUACGACGAGGCCAGGAACCUGCACAGCAAGUGGCUGAAGCACCAGGCCUUCAUGGCCGAGCUGCAGUCCAACAAAGAGUGGCUGGACAAGAUCCAGAAGGACGGCACGCUGCUGGUGGCGGAGAAGCCGGAGACAGAGGCGGUGGUGAAGGAGAAGCUGUCGGCGCUCCGCGACAUGUGGGCGGAGCUGGAGUCCACCACGCAGACCAAAGCUCAGUGUCUGUUCGACGCCAACAAGGCGGAGCUGUUCACGCAGAGCUGCGCUGACCUCGACAAGUGGAUGGGAGGCCUGGAGGGACAAAUCCAGUCCGACGACUACGGCAAGGACCUGACCUCCGUCAACAUCCUGCUCAAGAAACAACAG